GUAAAUCACUACUUGGGGAUUGAUUGGCAAGUUAUAGAGAGAAAGGAUUGGAAUUACCGUUAAGCGUAAUUGGCAAGUCUUUCAACUCCAACCUUCGUUCAUUUUUCCGCCUUUGGAUGCUUUUUCUUUUUAACACGCACAAGCAAACCCCUUUGUACGCUUUUCUCCAGUCUCCAUUUUCAGCUGAAGACCCAGAUAACUUCCAGGGUAAAAAGUCGGUAAUUGCGAUCUGGGUUCUCAAAGAAGACCAAAGUUUAUUGGGAAAAAAACAGUGCUUUAGCUUAUAAAUUUUGGUUUUAUUUAUGGUAUUCAUUUCAAUCCGAGUUUUCGUUUUGUUGGGUUUUUGGAGGAAAACGCAAUAGAUUGGGGUUCUUGUUCUUGGUCUUUCUCUUCUGGCGAGAUUGGUUUGAGGGAGACUCGUUCAGAAUAUGGGGGAAAAACUAGGUUUAUUGCUGUGGGUUUGGUUUAUGCUAUGGGGGUUUUGUGUGGGAAGGUUUGUGGUGGAGAAAAACAGCUUGAGAGUGACUUCACCGAACUCGUUGAAGGGUGUCUAUGAAUGUGCAAUUGGAAAUUUUGGGGUUCCUCAGUAUGGAGGAACCAUGGUUGGCACUGUGGCUUACCCCAAAGCCAAUCAAAAGGCAUGCAAGAGGUUCGAUGACGUAGAUAUCUCCUUCAAGACGAAGCCCGGAGGCCUGCCCACCUUUGUCCUUGCUGAUCGAGGAGAUUGUUACUUCACCUUGAAGGCAUGGAACGCACAGAAUGCUGGAGCAGCAGCUAUCCUUGUUGCAGAUGACAGGAAUGAGCCAUUGAUUACAAUGGACACUCCUGAAGAAGAGAAUGCUGAUGCUGAUUAUCUACAGAACAUCACCAUUCCUUCAGCCCUUAUCAGCAAAUCUGUGGGGGAUAGCAUUAAGAAAGCUCUAUCUAGUGGAGAGAUGGUUAACAUAAAUCUGGAUUGGACUGAGGCUCUACCACAUCCUGAUGAGCGGGUUGAGUACGAGUUCUGGACUAAUAGCAAUGAUGAAUGUGGGCCUAAGUGUGACAGCCAGAUUGAAUUUGUAAAGAACUUUAAAGGAGCUGCUCAGAUACUUGAGAAGAAAGGAUAUACUCAGUUUACCCCGCACUAUAUAACUUGGUAUUGCCCAGAAGCUUUUAUAUUGAGCAAACAGUGCAAGUCUCAGUGUAUCAAUCAUGGGAGGUACUGUGCUCCAGAUCCUGAGCAGGAUUUUAGUAGAGGGUAUGAUGGGAAGGAUGUUGUGGUUCAAAAUCUACGCCAAGCUUGCUUUUAUAAGGUGGCAAAUGAAAGUGGAAAGCCAUGGCUUUGGUGGGACUAUGUUACAGAUUUUGCAAUCCGUUGCCCAAUGAAGGAGAAGAAGUACACCGAAGUCUGCUCAAAUCAAGUUAUUCAAUCACUUGGUGUUGAUCUCAAGGAGAUAGAAAAAUGUGUUGGAGACCCCUCUGCAGACGUUGACAACCCUGUUCUUAAAGCUGAACAGGAAUCACAGAUUGGCAAGGGUUCCCGAGGAGAUGUUACUAUAUUGCCAACCCUUGUUAUAAAUAACAGACAGUAUAGAGGUAAGUUGGACAAAGUAGCAGUUCUCAAGGCCAUCUGUGCAGGUUUCGAAGAGACCACAGAGCCUGCCAUUUGUUUAAGUGAAGAUAUAGAAACAAAUGAGUGUUUGAACAACAAUGGUGGCUGCUGGCAAGACAAGGCUGCUAACAUAACUGCAUGCAAGGAUACUUUCCGGGGAAGAGUAUGUGAAUGCCCCGUUGUGCAAGGUGUAAAGUUUGUUGGUGAUGGUUAUACUCGCUGUGAAGCUUCCGGGGCUUUACAUUGUGGAAUCAAUAAUGGAGGUUGUUGGAAGAAAACCAAGGAUGGCAGGACUUACUCUGCUUGUGUUGAUGACUUGAAAAGUUGCAAGUGUCCACCAGGAUUCAAGGGUGAUGGAGUUAACACCUGCGAAGAUGUUGAUGAAUGCAAAGAGAAGAUGGCCUGCCAGUGCCCUGAAUGCAGCUGCAAGAAUACGUGGGGCAGUUAUGAGUGCAGCUGUAGUUACGGUUUAUUGUACAUGCAAGAACAUGACAUAUGUAUAAGUAAAGCUAAUACAGCGGUCAGCUGGAGCUUUGUUUGGAUUAUUAUCCUCGGCUUGGCUGCUGCUGGGAUUGGGGGAUAUGCGGUUUACAAGUACAGAAUCCGGAGAUACAUGGAUUCUGAGAUACGGGCAAUCAUGGCGCAGUACAUGCCAUUGGAUAAUCAGGGAGAGGUACCUAAUCACGUUCCCCAUGGGAAUGUCUGAGAGUGGGGAGAUGUUGAAACGCGCAUACCCUUGUCCCCGACAUUUGAUUCAUUAUGAGGGGAUUGUAAUGUUUUCAACCUCAUCACUGGCAGCAGCUUUGGUAGUCACCAUUUCUUUUUCUUUUUUUCUUAUUUCUUUUUUAAAAUUGUGAGUGGGAAAUUUUUCCUCUUCUUAUCAAUGUAAAUCUGUAGCCUAACUGAUGCACAUAUUCUUAGCAACUGUGAGAGAUUUUCGGCCGGAUCAUAAUCGUUUCAGCGUUGGUUUUGGUUUAA